AUGGCUUCUGCUUACAAGUCAGCUAUGCGCUCUGGAGACUCCUCCGACUCGGAUGAGAUGAGCUCCGUCUCUUCGGACCACAGCAGUAAUACUGUUCGGGCCGACUCGCCCAGUAGAGGAGCACAUUCUGAAACCCGGAAAAACAACAACAUGUCACAGUUGCCGCUCGAAAUGCGAAAUCGCAUUCUGAUGUUGACCUCUCGGGGAGUAUCAUACAGGCACCGACAUCUCCUCAGCGACCUCCACUCGUUACUUCCUCACACCUACAAAGACACCAAACUAGACACCAAGUCAUCGAACAACUACAACUCCGCCCUCAACGGCCUCGCCGAUCUUCAUUCCUGCAACUAUGUCUUCUUUCUCGAAGCCCGGAAACAUGGCCAAGAUCUCUAUCUCUGGUUGGCACGUGCCCCCAACGGUCCAACGAUCAAGUUCAGUGUAACGAACGUGCAUACUAUGGCAGAGCUAGGGUUCGGAGGAAACUGUCUGAAAGGUGGAAGGGGCAUGGUGGUAUUUGACAAGAGCUUUGAUGAGCAAAUUUCAGGGCAGGAACAUCGGUCUCUGCUUCGGGAAAUGCUGAGAGGCGUCUUCUGCGUACCGCCUAAGGGUGUGCGAGGGAUGAAACCGUUCAUCGACCGCGUCAUCGGCAUAUACGGACUCGACGGCAAGGUUUGGAUCCGCGUUUAUGAGAUUCGGGAAUCGGACCACGACAAACCUAGCAAGGAACAUGUCAAAGGCGCUGAUGUCUCUCUGGUCGAAAUUGGCCCACGCUUUGUUCUCACACCUGUCGUCAUUCUUGAAGGAAGCUUCGGAGGCCCAGUCAUCUACGAGAACAAACAAUUUGUCAGUCCAAACCAGCUUCGGAGAGAGACCAGACUGCGUCACGCAGGCAGGUAUGCCAGCCGGCAAGGAGGCGCGCAGGAGCUUGCGGUCAAACGAAAGGCGCUAGCUUUGGACUCGGGCGCAACUAGAAGGACAGCAGGCCUUGAUGAUGCGAAGUUGUUUGGAUAA